GAAAAGGGUGAGAGAUAGGGGGAGAGAGAGAGAGAUAGAGCCAGCCUUUGUACCAAGGAGAGAGAGAGUGAGAGAGAGAGAGAGAGAGGAGGAUGACCACCACAUCCUCUGUUUCCAUUACUUAUAUUCCUUUUCUUAGAUCUUAGUUUCUAUCAUUUUCUCUUAUCUGGGUCCUCCUUGAAUGGAAUCCUUCUGUUGAUCUGGUUGUUGGUGAAGGUCUGAUGUUCCAAGAUUGAAUCUUUACAUUCUCCUGCUGUCUGAAUUUGGACAAGAAGGAUGGAACCAGAUCUCGGCAAGAUCUUCAUUGGUGGGAUUUCCUGGGACACAGAUGAGGAACAGCUUAAAGAGUAUUUUAACAAAUAUGGAGAGGUGGUGGAAGCUGUGAUCAUGAGGGAUCGGGCAACCGGUCGUGCUCGUGGCUUUGGUUUUGUUGUCUUUGCUGAUCCUGCUGUUGCAGAUAGGGUCGUUAAGGAUAAGCACAUGAUCGAUAGCCGAACAGUGGAAGCAAAGAAGGCUGUUCCUAAGGAGGAUCAGCACAUUUUGAACAGGACUGGGAGUGCACAUAGUUCUCCUGGUCCUGGACGCACAAGAAAGAUUUUUGUUGGGGGUUUAGCAUCCACAGUCACUGAGAAUGACUUUAAGACAUACUUUGAUCAGUUUGGUACUGUCACUGAUGUCGUAGUAAUGUAUGAUCACAACACCCAAAGGCCUAGAGGCUUUGGCUUCAUCACUUAUGACUCAGAGGAGGCAGUGGACAGAGUUUUGCAUAAAACAUUCCAUGAACUCAAUGGUAAGAUGGUUGAGGUCAAGAGGGCAGUCCCUAAAGAACAAUCCCCAGGGCCCCUCCGGAGCCCUCAGAUAGGAUACAACUAUAGUCCAAGUAGAGCCAAUAACUUACUUAACAGUUAUGCUCAGGGUUAUAAUAUGAGCCUAGUUGGGGGCUUUGGUGCUGGUAUGGAUAACAGGUUCAAUCCAAUUUCUAGUGGUCGUAGUGGGUUUUCUCCAAUUGGCACUAAUAGAUAUGGAAUGAGUAUGAAUAUGGAGCCAGGGUUGACCUCAAGCUAUGGUGGGAAUUCCAACUUCGGUAAUAGUCUAGGAUAUGCACUGAUGUUGAGCCCCACGUAUAAUGGCAAUUCAAACAGGUACACUAAUCCUAUUGGAUAUAAUGCUGCUAAUGGAAGGAGCACCUCUCUAGUAAACUCACCUACUCGGAAUGUCUGGGGAAACAGUGGCAUCAACAACGCCAUGAAUCCUGGGAGUACGGGAGCUUACUUGAGCUCUCUGAAUGGAGGGUUUGGCAUUAGUGGUUCAACUUUGGGACCCAGUUCUUUUUCAACUCAAGGUAGAGGGACUCUAUCUGGCUUUACUAGUCCCAGUAAUUACCGGAAUGGAAGUAACAGCUUUGGGUUGGAAGGAGCAGGAUAUGGAAGAAUCAAUGGCACUGGUGUAACCUCAGCAUCAUCAUUUCCCACAUCAAGUGCUGGUUAUGAGGGGUCGUAUGGGGACUUCUACCAUAGUGGUUCAGUUCAUGGUGAUUCAACUUGGCGCUCUACCACUCCUGAGCUAGAAGGUUCUAGUACGUUUAGUUAUGGUCUGGGUGAUAUUGCUCCAGGUGCCCCAGCCAAAAAUUCCCAGGAUUACAUCGGAAGCUACAGUGUUAACAGUAGACAACCAAAUAGAGGAAUUGCUGCUUAGGAGAUUUGUUGCUUGGGCAUCAAGAGGGUGAUCGUAGUGAAGCAAAACCAGUCAACAGUGACGGAUUGUGAAUAUUAUAUAUCUCCCUUAUAAAGAUUUUGAGCUUACAAGGAAUGUGAUCAUGCAGUUCUAAUGGGGUUCUUUAAUUAUGAAGUAGACAUUCAGCAUGGAGUUUUGUGUAAGGUUUGAAUUUUGUUAUUUUGUUACAUAGGUUCCUUUGUUGGAAUUUGGUUGAGGUGUAAAAUCAGACUGCGGAUACAUACUCAGGAAGACGCUUUCAUUUUAUGUACUGUGCAUCUCCAGCGAGUCGGCCCGAUUAGUAUGUUGAAAGAGAUAGGAGUGUUUUCUUGAUCGUUUUCUUUUUAUUGCUGUAAGCCUGGCUAAGCUGCUGGCUCUUAUAUUUCUUAUAUGGAGGUAUGGGAUUUGUUUUCUCUUUUCUUACUCUAUGGAUGCCCUAAUUAGUCAACUGGGAUUCCCAUCACA